UUUUAGCGGUGUAUGAGAGAGAGAGAAAGCAGCGGCUGCGUUGAAGUAACCGAGCAAACUCUUCCUUUACCGCUUUAAUCUAUAUAAUACGAGAUGUCAAAACGACAUCGGUUGGAUUUAGGUGACGAAUAUUCGUCGAGUAAGAAGAGGUCGUCUGACGGGAAGGACCGUGACCGAGAUCGGGAUGAGCGAUCAAAGGAUCGAGAUCGUGACCGGGAUCGUGAGCGCGACCGUGACAGAGACCGAGACCGCGAUCGGGACCGAGAGAGAGACAGCAAGUCGUCGAGUGCGGCGCUCAGCUCCAGCGUGUCUGGAAGCGGGAUCCUUCCUCUGAAGCAGGCCAGCAUGCAUCAGCAGAUCAACCCCUUUACCAACCUGCCUCACACGCCGCGCUACUACGAGAUCCUCAAGAAGAGGCUGCAGUUGCCCGUCUGGGAGUAUAAAGAGCGCUUUAAUGACAUCCUGAACCGCCAUCAGAGCUUUGUGCUCGUAGGAGAGACCGGCUCUGGAAAGACCACACAGAUCCCUCAGUGGUGUGUUGACAUGGUCAGGUCUCUGCCAGGCCCAAAGCGUGGCGUGGCCUGUACUCAGCCUAGAAGAGUGGCCGCUAUGAGUGUGGCUCAGAGAGUGGCGGAUGAGAUGGACGUCAUGCUGGGACAGGAGGUUGGAUACUCCAUCAGAUUCGAGGACUGUAGCUCUGCAAAGACCAUACUAAAAUACAUGACAGACGGUAUGUUACUCCGUGAGGCUAUGAACGACCCCUUACUGGAGCGAUACGGUGUCAUUAUUCUUGACGAGGCCCACGAGCGCACGUUAGCCACAGAUAUUCUGAUGGGCGUCCUCAAAGAAGUGGUCCGACAGAGAUCUGACCUUAAGGUCAUCGUUAUGAGCGCCACUCUGGAUGCCGGAAAGUUCCAGGUUUAUUUUGAUAACUGCCCCUUGCUCACCAUUCCUGGCCGGACGCAUCCAGUGGAGAUCUUCUACACACCCGAGCCUGAGCGGGACUACCUGGAAGCGGCCAUUCGCACGGUCAUCCAGAUCCACAUGUGCGAGGAAGAUGAGGGAGACGUGCUACUCUUCCUCACCGGACAGGAGGAAAUCGACGAAGCCUGCAAAAGGAUCAAACGGGAGAUUGACGAUCUUGGUCCUGAUGUUGGAGACAUUAAAAUCAUCCCGCUGUACUCCACGCUGCCACCACAGCAGCAGCAGAGGAUCUUUGAGCCUCCUCCACCCCGCAAACCCAACGGAGCCAUCGGCAGGAAGGUCGUGGUUUCAACAAACAUCGCUGAAACGUCCCUGACCAUCGAUGGCGUGGUGUUUGUAAUUGAUCCUGGCUUUGCCAAGCAAAAGGUGUAUAACCCUCGCAUUCGAGUCGAGUCUCUGCUUGUGACUGCUAUUAGCAAGGCUUCGGCCCAGCAGAGAGCAGGUCGUGCCGGACGUACGCGCCCGGGAAAGUGCUUCCGGCUCUACACUGAGAAGGCCUACAAGACUGAGAUGCAGGAUAACACCUACCCUGAGAUUCUCCGGUCGAAUCUGGGCUCCGUGGUGCUACAGCUCAAGAAGCUUGGUAUCGAUGACCUUGUGCACUUUGACUUCAUGGAUCCACCAGCUCCUGAGACCCUGAUGCGAGCCCUGGAGCUGUUGAAUUAUCUUGCGGCGCUGAAUGACGACGGUGACCUGACAGAGCUGGGCUCCAUGAUGGCCGAAUUCCCUCUCGACCCCCAACUGGCCAAGAUGGUCAUCGCCAGCUGCGAUUUCAACUGCUCCAAUGAAGUCCUCUCCAUCACCGCUAUGCUAUCAGUCCCACAGUGCUUUGUGCGUCCCACCGAAGCUAAGAAGGCUGCUGAUGAGUCCAAAAUGAGGUUCGCCCACAUCGACGGGGACCACCUGACCUUGCUCAACGUCUACCACGCCUUCAAACAGAACCACGAGUCGGUGCAGUGGUGCUACGAUAACUUCAUCAACUACCGCUCGCUGAUGUCGGCUGAUAAUGUGCGGCAGCAGCUUUCUCGGAUCAUGGACCGGUUCAACUUACCCCGACGCAGCACAGAGUUCACCAGCCGAGACUAUUACAUCAACAUCCGCCGCGCUCUGGUCACCGGCUUCUUCAUGCAGGUUGCUCACCUGGAGCGCACCGGCCACUAUCUUACAGUGAAGGACAACCAGGUGGUCCAGUUGCACCCGUCCACCGUACUGGACCACAAGCCCGAGUGGGUGCUUUACAACGAGUUUGUGCUGACCACCAAGAACUACAUCCGCACCUGCACUGAUAUAAAGCCCGAAUGGCUGGUGAAAAUUGCUCCACAAUACUACGAGAUGAGCAACUUCCCUCAAUGCGAGGCUAAGAGGCAACUGGAGCGUAUCGUGGCUAAACUUCAAACCAAGGAGUACUCUCAAUAUUGAAGCGGUGUACGGACUGUAUGUUUUGAAUUCAGUAUGCGCUGUGCAAUGCUUCUGAAGUCGUCACACAUCGUCAUUAGGUCUGUUUCGUUUUCUUUUGAUUUGUCGUCAAGAUAUAAUUAUUUUUUUAUAACUCUUCGCUCUCGAGCUCCGCCGUGCGUUUCAGGCACCUGAUGAUGAAGGCAUAUUUGUGAAUUGGUCACUACAGGCACAGAGUAAUCAUUUGGGAGCAAAUGCUUAACAGGGAUACCACCAUCAACUGUUUUUUUGCAUGAGCAUUCAUGUGGAUGUUGACAUUCCUUAUUGACAUUGAGAACUUCCUGCUAUGUUAUUGAGUAGAAAAGUCCCUGUUUAUUCUGUAACGGAGCUUUUACUUCAAUAAUAAAAACAAACCUUGAUAUCA